UAAUAAGUGAAAGAAGUGAUAUUUGUGAAGUUUGUUUAACGAUUAAUUAUAUUUAAAGGGAAUAAGUUUACAAGAGAAUGUCAUCACAACACCGAAUCUCCUAGCUCAAUGAUCUCUUUAACAGAAGCAGAUCUCUUAGACAACAUCAUAAGAUGGAACGCAACCGAAUUAGAAACAGAAAUAUUAACAGAAAAUGUGAAAGGAGAAAAUACAACAAAAUUAGAAAACAACAUUUACCACAUUAUAGAAGAUACAAAAGUGCCAAAUGUAAAUUGUAACAGUUUUAAUAUCAGUGACUUUUGUGAAGUUAACACGUACGAUACAAUUGAGAUUAGCGUUGUAAUAAUAUUGUUCCUUUUAAUAGUUGUAACGGUAAUAGGUAAUACGUUGAUAAUUUCUGCUGUGGUUACAACGAAACGACUGAGAACUGUGACCAACUGUUUUGUGACUAGUUUGGCUGCGGCGGAUUUAAUGGUUGGCAUUUUUGUUAUGCCGCCUGCAAUUGCUGUUCAUAUCAGUGGCAAAUGGGAGUUAGGUUGGAUCCUCUGCGACAUUUGGAUCAGUCUGGACAUUCUUCUUUGCACAGCGUCUAUCCUGUCUCUCUGUGCUAUCAGUGUGGACCGGUACCUGGCCGUUACCAGGCCAUUGACGUACUCGAGGAGACGAAGGUCCAAGAAACUGGCUUUCACGAUGAUAUUCUUCGUUUGGAUUUCUGCUAUGGCUAUUACUUGUCCACCUAUGUUGGGAUGGUACGAACCAGAUCACAACACGAACGGCGUCUGUCGAUACCACCAAAACCCUGGCUACGUGGUUUUCUCAGCCAUGGGCUCUUUCUUCCUACCCAUGGCUGUGAUGGUUUACGUCUACGCCAGGAUAUCCUGCGUCGUCGCCAGAAGACAUCAACAGUUGGCUAGCACCACAACCAAGACUUGUAAGAAAAGAAAACUGUCCUGCAUCCGAACAGAAUCAGACUCAGGUUCGGACAAGCUGUCACUCCGUCAAAACGCGUCAAAACAAACAUCAAGAAACUCGGCUCUGCAAAGCGAAUGUUCUUCACAAGGCGACCACAAAUGCCCGUGUUGUUUUCGAGCAGAAAAAAAGAGCAGAUUAUCCAAACAAUUUCGUAGCAGCAAAGAAAAGGAAUCCAGAUUCUAUAAUGAAGUAACAUUUAAAACAAACUUCAAGUACAAGAGCAGUGGACGACAUAGGACACAUUCUGUAAAGGAUCAUAAUAUAGAAAACAACAGAGUAUCAUCUUUACGCAGAGAGACAAAAACCGCGCAAACUUUAAGUUUAGUUGUAGGUGGCUUUGUGGCUUGCUGGCUACCAUUUUUUGUAUACUAUUUACUAACACCAUUUAUUCCAAAUAAUUACGUAAACCCAGUUCUAAUGUACAUAUUAACAUGGCUAGGUUGGUUUAAUUCAGCAAUAAAUCCUUUUAUCUAUGCAUUUUAUUCGCCAGAUUUUAGAGUAGCGUUUUGGAGGUUAACUAUAAGACGGUGUCAGAAAAAUAAACGUUAA